UCAAUUAAAAUUGAAUGUUUAAUCGAAAAGUUUAAAAGAAUUUUAACAAAAAUUAAAUUAUCAACGGUCUUAUCAUCUUCCUAUAUCAUAUCGUACGCAAAAUGAGAACGUCGAAUCGAGACCCGAUGAUAACAAAAUUUUGAAGAGCAAAAAGGAAUAACAAAGAACAAUUGCAAUUCCUACGGAUGUUUGUUAUUUGCAAGAUUAAUAAUAAAUUGAUGAUCGACCGUGGACAAAUUUAUUUGGAGAUGAAUGAAAAAAAAAAUAUAUAUAUAUAUAUAAAAAUAAAAUUCGACAUGGCUGCUAUUUAAAGGGACAAUCUUCAAGAAUUGUCUAUACUCGUCGUAUGUGACUUUAUCCAAGCACACUCUUUAUCUUUUUUCCACUUUCCAUAAAUGCGUGUGUCCGAAAGCAGAUCGCCCUGACUCUUUCACAUACACACACACACAUACACAUACACAUAUACUCUUCUGUUUUAUUGAUUUUCCCGCAGAGGCGCAAGCGCUACAUCCUCGAUUGCAACAAGGGGGGUGCGGCUGUAACCAUGGAUCCCAGUGUACUCGCUACCAUGGACAAGGACACAUUGAAGAAACAGAUCGAGAACAUGAAAUAUCAAGCGGCCAUGGAACGGUGGUCGUUAUCGAAGAGUAUCACGGCGAUGAGAGAGUACGUCGAAGAAAAUGAGAAGAACGACCCACUGAUACACGCGCCUGACAAAAAGAACAAUCCAUGGGCCGAGAAAGGCAAGUGCAUAAUCAUGUAAGAGGAGAACCGAAAACAGGGAGGACACGAAGAGGGAGAAAAGAAAAGACGGAAGCGAACGAAAGGACGAAAGAGAACGAUGAUGAAGAUGAAGAUCAAGAAGAAGAUGAAGAAGGGCCGGUGUGUGUUUCAUCUACAACAGAAGAGAGAGAGAGAGAAUAUGCAUGCCAAAGAGACGCUAAAAACGUAUAAAAAAAAAUGAAUAAAAAAAAAAAAAAUAAAUAAAAAAUAAAUUGCAAAAAAAAAACAAGAGAAAAAAAAUAAAAGAAAA